GUUGAAUUUGAAGAAUCUCGUCACUUACUAAAGUUGGAUUUCUUUGGUUCAGACAAGGAGCAAUCACUCACAUUUCCCAAAUUCGACUAUCUUUUACAACCACCUAAACAAGUAGACGAGUCUACGAUCAAAAAGGGUCGUAAAUCUUCUACGACUUUACGUCAUCGUAUCUCGCUUUACCGACCCAUCAGUAAGACGGUAAAAAGAUCCCUUUCCUCACCAGAUAUUUAC